AACGUGAGCGUCCCGUGGGGACACAAUUCACUGCGCAGCGGGGACAUAAACACACGAGAUGAUCUGGACCGUUUUCCUGCUUGUCCAAGCUGUCCUGCUUUAUUUCAUUCUCACACACAGGACGAGAUCCAAGAGUGAUCCACCUUUAGACAAAGGAGUUAUCCCAUGGUUAGGCCAUGCACUUGAGUUUGGAAAAGAUGCUUCCAAGUUUUUGAAUCGAAUGAAGCAGAAACAUGGCAACAUUUUCACAGUGCGUGUUGCUGGGCGAUAUGUGACAGUGCUGCUAGAUCCGCACUCGUACGACACGGUCAUCAAUGACUCCGACUCCCUGGACUUUACUCGCUAUGCACAGGUGCUUAUGGAGAGGAUCUUCAACCUGCGGCUCCCACAUCACCAGCCAGCUAAAGCAAAAGCCAUGAUGAAAAAGCAUUUCCGCGGAUUGAAUUUUGCCACCCUGAACAGCAACAUGAGCAGACACCUGCAGGCCUCACUGAACGCUGAAAUGCCUCUGAACCAGAAAGACUGGAAAGAAAAGGGAUUGUUCGACUUCUCUUACAGCUUACUCUUCAAGGCGGGGUACCUGACGCUGUUCGGAGGAGAACAGAACAACAACAGCACAGAUCCCUCAAGCGUCUAUGAAGAAUACAAGAAGUUUGAUGGACUCUUGACCAAAAUGGCGAGAGGCACACUGAAGCCAGAAGAGAAGAGGACAGCCCAGAGUGUACGGCAGAGACUGUGGGAGCUUCUGGCUCCAGCAGGUCUGACUGAGGACUCUGGGUCAAGCCCAUGGCUACACGCCUACAGGCGGCUCCUGCAAGAGGAAGGGGCCGACGAGGAGAUGCAGAGGAAAGCUCUACUGAUGCAACUCUGGGCUACACAGGGUAAUGUUGGUCCUGCUGCAUUUUGGCUGCUGGGCUACUUGUUGACAAACCCUGAAGCUCUGACAGCAGUGAAGAAGGAGUUUGGUGGGAUCUUGUCUAUGGAAAUCUCUGAGACCUCAUUACUGGACAGACCUGUGAACACCCCUGUAUUUGAGAGCGUCUUGGAAGAGACACUUAGACUCACUGCUGCUCCCUUCAUCACCAGAGAGGUAGUGCAGGAAAAAACCCUCCACAUGGCUGAUGGCCAAGAAUACCUGCUAAGGAAAGGAGACAGGGUGUGUUUAUUCCCCUUCAGCAGCCCACAAAUGGACCCAGAGAUAUACUGCGAGCCACAGAAAUUCAGAUAUGAUCGCUUCCUGAAAGAGGAUGGAUCUGUGAAGAGAGAUUUUUAUAAAGGAGGAAGGCGGCUGAAAUAUUACACCAUGCCAUGGGGCGCAGGGACCAAUGGCUGUGUGGGAAAGCAGUUUGCCAUCAAUACCAUCAGACAGUUUGUUUACAUGGUGUUGACUAACUAUGAUUUGGAGCUGUGUGACCCAAAUGCUCAGAUGCCGGAGGUAAAUGCCAGUCGUUAUGGAUUCGGGAUGCUACAACCAGAGGGGGACUUGCUUGUCCGAUAUAAACCUAAGAAUGCACACUAGAACUUACUGAAGCAAGCGAAACACAUACCUUGUAUGCACAUUUCAACACAUUGUUUAUAGUGUCAAUAUGCUCUUUGUACUUUUGUAUUCUAUAUUUAUAUAAUAAAGUAUAUUAUUAUUUUGUUAUUUAUCAAUGAA